CCACCACAGCACCACCGCCACCGCCACCACAACCACCGCCGCGCUCUCUCUCCCGGAUCCCACUCACCCAAACCCAUUCCAAUUUCCCCUUCUUUAACCAACCGCCGAUCAUUUCGCCGCCGCGCCUCCGCUCAUCGCCGCCGCACAAUCGCGUCGCCGAGCUUCGUCUCCAAUCAGGCAUUCAGCAGGGAUCCAAUAAGUGUUUCACAUCCUGGGAAUCAUUUUCUCCAUCCUUGAGAGAUAAGAAAGCUGUAAGAAACAGGUCUUAUUCUGUCAUAGUUGAGUCUGGAGGAAGAACUGCUAUGAUGUUUACGAUUUCAGUUCCAAAACCUGGACUGGUGAGAUUUUCUCAUGACAGAACAAGGUGUCUUCAAAAGUUUGACAGGACUAAUUCUGUUUGGUCUAUGAAAAUGGAGCCAAAGUUCUCUCAUAACAGGAAGAUUGAAGAAUUGUCAGUAGAGCUUCCAGCACAACCCCAUCCUCCUCAUCUUGAGUCGUCUAGGGACCGUGCUCUUCAAUUUAAUCGGGGGCAACCUUCAGAUAAAGAUUUAGAUCCUGACGAUGUGUUUGAGUUUGGUGGAUAUGUUGCACGAGAAGCCAUGUGUGAUGAAGAAUACUGGACAGCAGCAUUUUUGCGUGCAGAAACUCACUGGGAGGAUCGAAAUCGUGAUCGAUAUGUUGAGAGCCACCUAAGGAAAUACACAGACCAGGAGUUUAAUGAAAUAAAAAAGCGAAGAAAUGUCCAGUUUGGAAAUAAAUGCAGAUGCAUUGUUGCGAUGAAGAAGGAUUCAAAGGAUGUGAAACGCCCUGUUUUAAAAAGCAUGGUUGGAACCCUUGAUUUGAGGACCCGGCACUUGGUGGGUGGAGAGACCUUUCCAGAGGAACGAGUAAAACCUUCCAACUUCGGGAGCUUCAGAAUGACGCGCUCAAAUAGAUAUGGUUAUAUUGCAAACUUGUGUGUUAGCAAACCAGCACGUCGCCAGGGUGUUGCAACAAAUAUGCUGCACUUUGCAAUUAAACAAGCAAAGUUGGAUGAAUUAGAACGGGUAUAUGUGCAUGUUGAAAGAAAGAACAAAACAGCACAGGAUCUGUACAAAAAGAUGGGAUUUCAGAUGAUUGAAAGAGCGACCCCCCAGUUGGAAGAAAAACAACUUUAUUUGCUUUGUUUGGAGAUCUAGAAGCAGAUUCAACACAUAUUCAUGAAUCUGAUUUUUUUUUUCUCCUUGAAAUCAAACACACAUACCGUAGCAU